AUGCCUCCUAAUGCGAGAACUCCCAAGCCACGCACCAAGACGUUCACUGGCUGUUGGACUUGUCGGGAUCGUCGAGUGAAGUGCGACGACGAACACCCACAUUGCCGGCGCUGUCAGCGUAGCGGGCUCCAGUGCGGAGGCUACGGCCUGCGGCUAGGAUGGUCCCCAACUCCUGGGGGCCGCUCCCAUCGGCGGCAAUUAUGGCCUUUGACCCAUGGUGGUAGUAGUGGCAUGUCGCCUGCUGCUGUGACAGACCUUUUAAAUGAUUUGGAUGGCUGCUCGGGCAACGGCCGUGGCCAGCAGCGAGGGCCUUUCUCGGUGUUCUCCGUCUCGGAAGUAUGCGAUGCCUCAUCGCAUUCACCAAUACGGAGAGAAACUGACCAGCCAAUUCCAGCCUUGAAUGCGAUUGCUUCCUCAAGCGAUGGAGACAGUGACUUGCCUUCUCCAGGCCCAACAUGUAAUUCUUCAGACACAACGAUAUCCGUUACAUUCGAGAGAGAACUACCAAACGUUUCAACAGAGCCGAUGUCUCAAGGCGGAAAUGACUCUAUCAUUUCGGUCGACUUCCUGGUUAAUCAGCACAACUCUAGCGGUCUCGUGCUGAUUUCAAAUAGUUGGAAUAAGGCAGCGUCAAAUACCAGUGUGAAUGCUGUCGCCCCCAUGCAGAAAUCUUUGAAUCCGUUGGCCCUACCAAGACCAGAGACAGAAUUACUUCACCACUGGGUUGUAUUUCUUAGCGGCAACAUGUUGCUCAUCGAUAACCCGGACAAUCCUUGCCGAGCAGUGUUCAUGCCCAUGGCCCUGAAAGGUCUGGAUGUCUCUCCGGCGGACUCCAAUAUCCACCUUUCCAUCUUUCAUGCCAUUUGCGCCUCCUCUGCAUUUAGUCUCUAUCAUAUUCGCCACGACCAGCGAUAUCACUCCCUCGCUAUGCAUCAUGACCAGCUGGCUCUGCGUCACCUGCGUGGAAAUCUGCAACAGGCACAGCACAUAGAUGAGACUACAUUAGCUGCUGUCCUCACCUGUAUCACAUCUGAAGCGAUGUCUGGAAGACGGAGCAGAUGGAGGACACAUGUUGCUGGAUGUCUUGGUCUAUUGGAAAAUGAAUUACAUCGAGAUUGGAUACGGAGUCCAGUUGCUUCGCGAUUGCUUCAAAGCUAUCUAUCCCUUUCGUCCUUAUGCAGCCUUCCUGUGUCUGAGAGGCUGAUGUCUCUGCUCGAUGGUCCUUCGGAAUUUAGACACAAUCUCGAGCGAUCGCAUGGAGUUACCACGCAACUGGUUCAAUUGCUGGCACAAAUCACGUCCCUUGUUGAAUCCAAGAUUGAAAUCUCUCCUGAAGAGCUAGAUCGACUUGAGAUGCAACUGUACCUUGAUUUCCCAUCUUUAUCUAACCCAAACGCUCCCGAAUCAAGGAUCAUCCAGCAUGCGUUGAACUCAUUUUAUUACGCUACCAUUGUUUACUUCCGCCGCACAUUGCGACGCGCACCACUCUGCGACGUUCAAGAUUUGAUCGAGAAAGCAGUCCAAGAUCUUGAAGCCGUAGAUGCACUCACGCGCGGCAACGGCGGCUGUUCCUACAACUGGGGCAGUUUUGUGGUCGCAGCUGACUGCGAGCGACCUGAUCUACAGGAUCGCAUGCUGGCCUUUUUUGACCGUAAAAGUCGACACGGUAUUCAGAAUAUCAAUUCACUAUGUGAGAUUAUUCAAGCGCUGUGGAAUCGACGUGCAACGGCUGGUCCGCACGUUGAUAUCCACUGGCAAGAGCUUGCAAAGGAGGCUGACUAUGAUAUUAUGCUUGUCUAG